UAUGUCGUUAUCUUCAAUGGUUAAGUGUAUCAACCAAAGUUUUCAAUGUGGGUAAUUACCGUCGCAAACUUCACGGAGCACAUCAAAUGCAUUCGUUUUUUGAUCCUCACAAUGCAGAAGGAGAGAUUGCACGUAAAGAGUCAGCCACCGAAGCACUUAAAGAUAUGAUAAAAUGGUUCUUGGAGGAAGAUGGUACAGUAGCUAUAUUCGAUGCCACAAAUUCCACACGAGAAAGACGUAGUAUGAUAAUUAACUAUUGCAAGAAAUAUGAUGUUCAAGUUAUGUUUAUUGAAUCUAUUUGCCAAGACGAGAGUUUAAUUAUGCAGAACAUUAUGGAUGUAAAAUUAUCGUCACCAGAUUACAAAGAUAUGGAUCCAGAACAAGCAGCACAGGAUUUUCGAGCUAGAAUAUCACAUUACGAAGAAAUAUAUGAAGCGGUAAAUGAAACAAGUAGUGAAAAUGAUUACACAUAUAUAAAACUUAUAAAUGUUGGAAGUCAAUUUGUGAUUAAUAUGAUUCAAGGAUAUUUGCAAAAGGGAAAAAUUGGAGGCGAUUCAAAAUUAUCGCCACGAGGUAGAAAAUAUGCAUUAGCACUUCCUGAACUUAUUAAAGCAAAUUUAGGAGAUCAGCCCUUGACAGUAUGGACGUCAACAUUACAACGUACAAUAGAAACGGCCAAACACUUACAGUAUCCAAAAUUACAUUGGAAGGCAUUAGAUGAACUGGACGCAGGUGUUUGUGAUGGAAUGACAUAUGAAGAGAUUGAGGAAAGAUACCCAGAAGAUUAUAAUAAUCGCGAUGAAGACAAAUUCAAUUAUCGGUAUCGUGGCGGCGAGUCUUAUCGUGAUGUAGUCUAUCGUUUAGAACCAGUGAUAAUGGAACUUGAGAGGCAGCAAAAUAUCUUGAUAAUUGGUCAUCAGGCUAUUUUACGUUGUAUUUACGCAUAUUAUCAGAAAUUGUCUCAAGAAGAUUUACCUUAUAUUAAGAUUCCACUACAUACGGUUAUCAAGUUAACACCUAAAGCAUAUACUUGUCAUGAAGACAGAUAUAAAAUUGAUAUUGACGCGGAAGAAGGUGGCAAAAGAGUGGAAACAACGUAA